UAUUCACACUCUAUAUAACCCUUCUCUCUCUAGAUCUCUCUCUUCAAUUCAUCUCACAAACAGUUCUUUCUUUUGAUUGCUUGCUGUUUUUAGUUUUCAUUUUCUUGUCGAUUCCCGUGAGAUUCCCCAGCACCUAACGGUAAAGAACCCAGCCAAUUCAUACACCUCAACAGGGACGUUGAUGGCGAUGUUCAGUCUCUUUCACCUGAGCUCUGCUAUAAUUUGCGCCUUUUAGCAAUACUAUUCUUGAUCUUGACAAUCGAUCUCGCUUACACCUCUACUUCUCCAUCUGGGUCCUUUUCUCCUUCUCAGUCCCCACUCUUUUAUCCUCAUCCGAUCCGCUACACUUUCUCUGGGCAGUUUUCGGGGAAAUUUAAAAAAUAGUCAAAAUGGGUGACGGUUUCUCUGAUAUUUUUGAAGAACAUGAAUUCGGAGACACCAACUUGGCCGACGACGAUCUUUUUAGCAUCUUUGAGAGUUUAGAGAGUGUGGCGGAGUUUCCUCCGAUUGACGAAGAUGUGCUUAGCUCAAAAGAAGGCGAAGAGACCGCGAGAUUGGUCUCUCAGAAGUCUACCUCAUCCAGCGCUUUCCAAGAUCAGUCGGAGACCGAGCUUGAAACAUCACCAAAGAGAAAGAGGCCCAAGCUUGCCGGGAUGACUUCCGAGGAGGAAGCAAACCCAGAUGGGCAACAAAGGAUGUCUCAUAUUACUGUCGAGCGCAACCGGAGGAAGCAAAUGAAUGAGCAUUUGUCUGUCUUGAGGUCUCUUAUGCCUUGCUUCUAUGUCAAAAGAGGAGAUCAAGCAUCGAUAAUUGGAGGAGUGGUGGAUUACAUCAACGAGUUGCAGCAAGUUCUACAUUCGCUUGAAGCCAAGAAGCAACGAAAAGUUUAUAGCGAAGUGCUAAGCCCUAGGCUUAAUGUUUCAAGUCCAAGACCCUCACCAGUACUUAGCCCUAGAAAGCCACCACUAAGCCCUAGACUAAACCUACCAAUUAGCCCAAGAACUCCACAGCCAAGCAGCCCUUACAAGCCCAGGCUGCAACAAGGUUACCUCUCCCCGACCAUGGCUACUACUUCGCUCGAACCUUCUCCUUCUUCAUCGUCUACUUCCUCCAUCAAUGAUAAUGUCAAUGAGCUCGUCGCAAAUUCUAAGUCUUCAAUAGCAGACGUGGAGGUGAAGUUUUCAGGUCCAAAUCUUCUUUUGAAGACUGUGUCUCCUCGGAUUCCUGGGCAAGCCACGAAAAUAAUUUCCACCCUGGAAGAUCUCUCGUUUGAAAUUCUCAACGUAGGCAUCAAAGCUGUUGACGAAACCAUGCUAAUUAGUUCCUUCACCAUUAAGUUUGGAAUUGAAUGCCAACUUAGCGCCGAGGAACUGGCACACCAAAUUCAGGGAACAUUCUGCUAAUUAUUAGUCCACUGAAGAUCGAUAGUUUCCAGUCUCAAGCCUAUAUAACAAGACCUCUCUCUCUCUCUCUCUCUCUCUCUCUCUCUCUCUCUUCUCUCUCUAGAUCUCUCAGCUGAAGUGCACGACUAAUAAAAGAGAAUGUGGGAAGGCAUUUACCAACAUUCCUAUUAAUUAACUACAAAUUUAAUUGUAAUCAGUACGUACUCAUGAUCGAUCUGUAUUAGGUACGUAGUGUCAACCUCUUGU